ACAGCAGGUGCAACAGAAUGACAGGUGUUUGGUCAACAGAAGAAGAUGCUCAGGGCCUGACAUCACUGCAGGGGAGGAGCAGUGGGUUUAGAAGGAGCUGACAGAAGGACUGCUACCAUGGCUGAUGGAAAGGGAUUCACCUGUCUUAUGGUCAUUCUCAUCCUGGGGAAUAUAUUUGGAGCUGCAGCAGGUCUUGCCCUUUGUGCUCUGGCCAUCUGGGUUGCAGUAGAUCAAUUCAAGCUCUACCCUAUAUCUGGUGUGUCGGGGAAAGAUGACAUCUUUGCCGGGGCCUGGAUUGCCAUUUUCACAGGCUUUGCCUUCUUCUGCAUGUGCGUCUUUGGUAUCUUGGCUGCUGCGAUGAAGAGCCGUGCCUUAAUGCUAACAUAUCUGAUCCUGAUGUUGAUCAUCUACAUAUUUGAGUGUGCCUCGUGUAUCACUGCAGUCACCCACAGAGACUAUCUGGUUGGAAACAGUAAUCUGGUGAAGAAGCAGAUGCUGAAGUACUAUGCAGCCGACGGUGACUCUGGCAGUCAGAUCACACUGACAUGGAACAAAGUGAUGAAAGAGGUGGAGUGUUGUGGAACGGAUGGCCCAGUGGACUGGAUAGAGUACAACUCCACCUUCAGGGAGAAGUUUGGUACAGACUACCCCUGGCCCACCCACUGCUGCAAGAGGAAGAACAACUACGAGGUGGUGAAUGUGGAGGCCUGUAAGAACGGUCAGAACACCACCAUGUUCACUAAGGGCUGCUUCAACCACAUUGAGUCUGUGUUCAGUCGAUAUACAUGGGCUAUCAGCUGGUAUGGUUUCGCUGUGCUAAUGUUUAUGUUCUUGCUGUUGAUCCUGGCCAUGGUGUACUACCUGAUGCUGUGAGAAGUCUGGAGGUGAUGUCUCUAACCCAUGUUUUUGACUUUCUGCUGAAGCCACACCAACCCUCACUUCAGCAACUACAGUGCCUUGCAAAAGUAUUCACCCCCUUGGCGUUAUUUUGUUGCAUUACAAACUGUAAUUGAAUUUAAAUUGAUUUUUAUUUGGAUUUCAUGUAAUGGACAUACACAAUAUAGUCCAAAUUGGUGAAGUGAAAUUUAAAAAAUUACUUGUUUAAAAAAAUGUAAAAGAAUUUAAAACGGAAAAGUGGCUCGUGCAUAUAUAUUCAACCUCUUUGCUAUGAAGCACCUAAAUAAGAUCUGGUGCUACCAAUUACCUUCAUAAGUGACAUAAUUAGUUAAAUAAAGUCCACCUAUGUGCAA